AUGCAUCGAAGACUCUCGAUAAAGGACGAGAGUGUCAUAUGCGGGUCCAGAGGUUUUACCGUGGCGAAGGUGGGCAAACGCGUCGACCGGCGAGGAGGCGGUGGGGGUUGCAGCAGCGUGUUAGAGCGUGUGAGGGCGAAGGAGUUACAGAGGAAGGUCGAGGCAGGGGUCCGUAGGGGUGACGAAGGUCAUGAAGGUGAUGGCGGCUGUUUGUCUCGACGAGUCGAUGAGGUGAAGGGACGAGUGGAGGCGAUUCUGCGGGAGGAGCGUGCACGGGGAAGUGUACUAAGUGAGCGGAAGCUGUUGCAGCGGGUGGUGGACAGUUAUGACGGCGGUAUUGAGGAGGAGUUGGUGAAGAAGGCGGUGGAUGCGGUGCGUUGGCGGGGGGCAGACGGGAGACGUUGUGCAGGUAUUAAAGAUGUUAAAGAUACGACGAAUAUUAAAGAUAUCAACGGUAGUGAAGAUAUUAAAGAUGGGAAAGAUGUUAAAGAUACGACGAAUAUUAAAGAUAUCAACGGUAGUGAAGAUAUUAAAGAUGGGAAAGAUGUUAAAGAUAUCAACGGUAGUACAGGUAGUAUAGGAAGAUAG